AUGUCUGAAGACCUCGCGUCAUUUUCUUCAGGACAGGAACUGAGGCCAAUGUUUGUCACAUUUCAGAAAAGCAGAGGAUGAGAACCCUAGCUGUCCUUGCAAGCUGGGCUUAUGCCACUCUGUUCCUGGCUUCCUGCUCAGCUGCCUUUUCUCAUGGUGCCAGCACCCAGGCCUGUGAAGACAUGGGGCCCAGGCACACACAAAGCCAGCCCAAGCACCCUGGCACCCACCACAUCACUAUCCAUACCAGCAGUUCUUCCUACUUGCCAGGAGACAAGAUUCCAGUGUCUGUGAGAAGCAGUCGACACUUCAUGGGGUUCCUGCUGCAAGCACGCACAGUGGCUGAUCACCAGAUAGCUGGCACCUUUGUCUUCACUCCUCGCCAUUCUAAACUGAUGGCUUGUUUUGAAGAGGCAGACACUGUCACUCACUCUGACAAGUCCCCAAAGAGGAAGCUCUUGUUCAUGUGGAAAGCCCCUGGCCAUGCUGUGGGGGACAUCAGAUUCCUUCUGUCGGUCGUCGAGUCAUAUUUUGUUUACUGGACCAGGAUUGAAUCAUCGGCUGUGUCUCAGCAGACACGUAGUGGAGGCCUGUCACAAGCACCAAGCCCUCGGCAGAGGCCAGAUGCUGCCGAAGGGGCUGCCCCAGGAGCUGAAGAUGACAGCAUCCUGGACACUGCUCUGUCCAGCAUUAGGGUGACAAAGUUACCUGGAGGUUCAGAGAGUCUGUCUCAGCCACUGUCACACGCAUCUACUGUGAGCAGCAAUGGCCAGCAACCUAGCGGAGAGAGCAGCUCAACCCUUCGUUCAUUCCUGGGUGUCCCUAAGGUGGAGAGGCUUGUGACCGCCAGAAAAGGCUCCAUAGACAGCUUUGUUUCCAUCUCGGGCACCCAACACAGGAGCCAGGCCGACUCAGCAAGGGCCUCGGAUUGCUCCUCAUACGAGUCUAAGCACAGGGAACACAGAGUAAAGGAUGCAGCUACGGAGCGUGUUAUGGGAUGCCUUAGCAAGACGGACCGAAGGCCUGAGGUGAAGCCGGAGGAAGCCAGUGCCCCUCCGGAGCCCCAGCUCAGCACUCUGCAGCUGGGAAUGCUGAUCUGCCUGCCCACCAUCCUGGGUGUGGCCCUGGCUGCUGGACUCCACCGGCUGCUGCAUACUCAGUAUUGCCACAAGGCGACAGAGAGGGCCUUCAGUGAACCCACUACAGAUGCUGUUGCCAGGGGGCGGGGCCACCGUGACAAUGGGGAGGCUGUGCAUGCCAGGAGGACAGGUGAUAACUGAACCUGUCUUUCUGCAGGGGACAAGAACACUGUCCUCUGAAGAGACUCGUGGACAGGGACCCUCAGUGGCUCCACAGAGUGUCUCAGUCAAAACCAAGCUAAUAGGAAUUCCUGAUGAGGCCCAGGCCCCACUGCGCCUGCUGUCAUUGUGCAGUGAGUGCAGGAAGCAGCAAAAGGGCAGAUUUAUCAACAGAGGGAUUUCUUCUCCAGCUUUGUUGUCUUAAUGUCUGUAAUUUCGCUUCUUUUUUUCCCCCCCUCCUUCUUGCAAUUAGACGUUCUGUUUGAAGAGUUAAGCUCAACACAAUGAAUAUUGUAUAACCUGCUCAUUAGCUAGACUCCUGUGGCCAGGACGUUUCCUCUGUUGCCUUAAGGGGCCUGCAGAAACAGGCACUCUGUCCUCUCUACCAGCCCGGCCUCCUCUUCUCCAACCCUUUGAAAAACGUUGCGUUGGGGAUUGGCUUUUGUGAGGAAGAGCCACCCUCCUCCCUGCGCCUUUCUCAACCACCCAAAGAGGAGUUUGCUUUUCAAAGCCGGAGUGCCAAAACUAGCUGGAGGUCUGACACAGUGGAGCAGGUGUCGGUGAGGGCAGUCUGUCUGCCUGCAAGCCGAGGAUCCUGGGAAAUCACCAUGGGGAACAC